GUAGGUGGGGAAAAGAGAAAGAGGGAGGAGAGCCACAGUAACAUUUUGGAUUGAAUUAGAUGAUAGAUUGACCAGCAAGAAGCAGGCUUCUCGUGUUGGUGAUUUUGCCUGUUUCAUAGCACAGACAUAAGCGCACAUACAUACACAGUCCGACUUGUGGAGUUUGGAUUUGCAUCCCAGGACCAUGGCCCAGCCUAAAACAGAUGCGGGGCUCGACCCAGAGCUUUCCAACGGAGCUGUGAUCCACGGUCCCACCGGUGCCCGCGCGGAACCGGACGAGCUGAAAGACGCCGAGGAGGAAGUGGAGUUGGCCGAGGAGGUCGGCGAAGACGUCGGGAUCGCAAGCGGGGGCAAUGUCGAAGGGGAGGAAGGUCCUCUGAAGUUGGAGGGCGAGAAUGAAAGAGCAGAAGCGGGUGAGAGGGAAGGAAAGAGCGAGGGAGAUUGCCCAGGAAUGCCGGUCACAGUCGUGGCGGAAAACCAAGAGAAAACAGAGGAGCCAAAUGGGGAUUUGUAUGUGGACAGAGAAGAGGGUGAUAUAAGCAGCCCGGUUCUCUGUCUCGUUUCCAGCGCCCCAGCCGACACUGCGCACAAAGCUCCGCCCGGUGAUUCGGCAGCCAUGGGAGCAGAAGAAGCAGGAGAGAGUGUAGAACCGAGCGACAACGAGACUAAGAACAACGAGGAGAAGCCUCAGGAACAGCACCUCCAGGGACUGGCCAGAGAAGGAGAGGUCAGCGGGAGCGAGGGCACAGAGGAGCGGAAUCCGCAGGCUGCUAAUGAUGAGGUGGGAGAGAAAGAGGAGAGAGACUGCAAUGCCCCAGAAGAACUGCAUCUCGAAGCUGGAGGAGAAGAGGAAGGAGGGACACAGGAGGGGAGGUGUGAGGAGAGAGAGGAGCACGAUGACGAGGUAGGAGAGGAAGAGCAAGGAGGGCGUGAUAGGACAGCGGAGCAGUGCACGCAGGCUGUUGGGGUUGUCGCCCAUGAGAAUGAGGAAGGGUGCACGAAGGCAACAGAACGUCAACCCCAGCCAGCUGGAACUGAGGCUGGAAUAAAGGAGGAUGGGUGUGGGUCAAAUGAACAGACGCAGGUGCUUCAGGAUACUGAGAAAGAGGGCAAAAGUACAGAGGAGGAAGGCCGUGUGCAGGUAGAACAAGAACAGUGGGUUGCUGAGGAUGAGGGCGACAAGAUAGAGGAGGAGGGGUGUGCUGAGUUGGAACAGCAGCAACAGGUUGUCGAGCAUGAGGGAGAAAAGACGGAGGAGGGGGUGGGCAUGGAAAUGGAUCAGCAGCACCAAGUCGCUGUGGGUGAAGAUGAAAAUAUGGAAGAGGGAGGGUGUUUAGGGAUGGAACAGCUGCAACAGGCUGUUGAGGAUGAAGAUGAAAAGACAGAAGAGGGAGGCUUUGGGGACAUGGAACAGCAGCUGAAAAUUGCUGAAGAUGUGAGCAAAUAUAGUGAAGAAGGGGUUAGUGUGGAGCUAGAACAGCAGAAACAGGUGGAUGAGUAUGAGAAACAAAAGAUAGAGGAGGAGUUGAGUGUGAAGGUGGAACAGCAAGACCAAGUUGCUGUGGAAGAGGGUGCAAAGAUGGAAGAGGGAGGGUGUUUGGAUAUGGAACAGCCACAACAGGCAGUCGUAGAUGAGGAUGAAAAGACAGAGGAGAGACGGUGUUUGCAGAUGGAGCAGCCACAACUGUCAGCUGAGAAUGAGGAUGAAAAGACAGAGGAGAGAGGGUGUUUGGAUACGGAACAGUCACAACAGGUUCCUGAAGAUGAGGGUGAAAAGACAGAGGAGGGAGGGUAUUUGGAUAUAGAACAGCCACAACAGGCAGCUGAGAAUGAGGAUGAAAAGAUAGAAGAGGGAGGGCGUUUGCAGAUGGAACAGCCACAACAGGUAGCUGAAGAUGAAGGUGAAAAGUCAGAUGAGGGAGGGUGUUUGGAGAUGGAACACCCACAACAGGUAGCUGAGGUUGAGGGUGAACAGACAGAGGAGGGAGGAUGUUUGCAGAUGGAACAGCCACAACAGGUAGUUGAAGAUAAAGGUGAAAAGUCAGACGAGGGAGGGUGUUUGGAGGAAGAGGAGGAGGUUGAACAGCUUACUGAGGAUACAGGAGUGCUACAGGAUACGUGCAAAGAUGAAGAUAAGCCACAGGUGGUGGAAGAUAAAGCUUUAGAUGCAGAGGUUCGGGGAUGUGUGGGAAUCGGGGAACACCCAGUGCCGGUAAAUGAGGACGAGCCAAAAGCUCCAGAGGAGGGAGGGUGCAGGGAGAUGGAAGAGCAGCCGGCACUGGCAUUGGAAGAAGAUUCCAGAGAGGUUACCAAGGGAGUGAACACGGAGACGGAAUCUGGCGGGGAGAAGCCUGGAGACACUGAGGACACCAAGAGCCAGGAGGCACGGGAGGCCACCGACAGCAUCAAGAAGGUGAACGUGGAAAACGAGGCUAAGAUGGACUUGAGUCACAUGGGCCACGGGAACCACCAGGCGGGGAUGGAGAACGGUCUCUCUCAACCGGAGCAGAGAGAAGAGGAGCAGGAGGUGGUGGCAGAGGAGGAGGAGGAGGAGGAGGCGCUACCCCGCAAGCAGAUGACUCGGGACACUCUCAGGAAGACGGUCAGGAUGGAGAGCCCGGUGCCACAAAGUUACGAGUACAGCUCAGAACCCCAGGAGUUUGAAAUCUCCCUCUAUGUCAAGGCGGGUACCGACGGAGAGAGCAUUGGGAACUGUCCUUUCUCUCAGAGGCUCUUCAUGAUUCUGUGGCUGAAAGGAGUGGUCUUCAACGUCACCACUGUUGAUCUGAAGAGGAAACCAGCUGACCUGCAGGACUUGGCUCCCGGAACCAACCCUCCAUUCGUCACGUUUAAUGGAGAGGUGAAGGUGGACGUUAACAAGAUCGAGGAGUUUCUGGAGGAGAAGCUGGUGCCUCCACGGUACCCCAGUCUGGCUGCUAAGCAUCCGGAGUCCAACACUGCAGGGAUCGACGUGUUUGCAAAGUUCUCAGCCUUCAUCAAGAACCCUCGCAAGGACGCCAACGAAGGACUGGAGAAGGCUUUGUUAAAGUCUUUAAAGAGACUGGAUGAGUUCCUGAGGACCCCUCUGCCAGAGGAGAUUGAUUCAGACUGUCCCAACGACCCGCUAGAGUCCACACGCAGCUUCCUCGAUGGACCCGACCUCACGCUCGCAGACUGCAACCUACUGCCCAAGCUGCACAUCAUAAAGGUGGUAGCUAGGAAGUACAGGAACUUUGAGAUCCCCGCAGAAAUGACUGGAGUGUGGCGAUACUUGAACAAUGCCUACCAGAGAGAGGAGUUCAUCAACACCUGUCCUGCUGAACGUGAAAUAGAGUUUGCUUACCUGGAUGUUGCCAAGAGGAUCAAGUAGGAGGCUCGAUCAUGGGUGAACUGUAGUAUGGAGAAAUGUGUCUAUGUGUGUGUGUGUGUGCGUGUGUGUGCCUGUGUGCAUACGUGUGAGUGUGUGUGCCUGUGUGCAUACGUGUGAGUGUGUGUGUGUGUGUGUGUGUGUGUGCUCUCACUGGCUGAGCAGCGCAUGCGUGACAGCACCGUUUUGUCAUUGUCUCACCCCUGGUAUGACUGCUGUGUCAUUCUGUCAUUCUCUGGUGCAUCUGUAAUCAUUUCCCACAGUUCAGAGCUUCCUCUCACAACCUCGCCGGUCAGUAAGAAAGAAACCUCUAGUUGUCUCUCUAGUUGUCAGGCUGUGAUGUUCUGGUGUUGCAGCCAAUCCUUCUCCUUCAUCUCACUCUUCCUUCAGUGGUCAUGGUGCGGAGGACCGCAAUGGCAUGGUGUCCGUGUAACAACGUGUGUUUAUCUCAGUAUAAAGUGUCUGUGAAGAGUCAAUGGCCGGACCAGAAAACUUGUUAUGUCUAAGGCUGAUUACUGAUAAGUAGCUACAUGAGGGCCAAGUCAAAUGACAGCAUCCAGGUAGUCAAUGCUGAGACUGGUUUGUAAACUUAAUACUUUGGCUUUUACCACCUUAAUAACUCAUAUUCUUAUAAUCAUUUAUUUUGUCUAUUAAAUUAAUAUUUUCAUGUUAUCCAUUCCAUUUUAUUUUAUUCAGGAUGAUGAUUCAAAAAAUUUGGAACAAACCUUUUGCACAAUCAAGGCUAAAAUGUAUCCAUGGGGAUUUUGUACUGGUAUUUCAAAAUGAAAUGCAUUCCCUUUAUGCUAUUGAUGAAAAUGAUCGUGUUCUUUCAUUUUUGUGUUUGCUUUGCAUAACCGUUGCUUCUUUUCACAUUUUUAUACAAAAUUCAGUAAGGCUAUGUAGGGUAUCACACAUAAUUCAAAUGUUUUCUUAUUAAAUCUUCAAAAGCUACAUUAAAGCUACAUUUUCGAGUGAUUGUUUUAUAUUGCCCAUCAAAUGUAUUUGAUUAGCGCAAGCCAUUUAAGCAAAAGCAUCGUUCUAAAAAAGCCUUAUGAAUUUCACAAGAAACUUAAUUAAAUUGAUCAAAUGAAUCAGCUUUUGCACUUUGUUUUCUGUCACAAUGCAUGUGGUCAUUUCAUUAUGUUAUCUGCCAAAGGGUCUGUCAAUAUAUGGAUGUACACCAUACCUUUAUCACAGUAUUCCACUGCAUUCGGUUAAAUUAACCAAAUUAAAAUUACACAAGCUA